AUGGAUACUUCCGGGGGGGUUCCCGAGUACGAUGUGGUGGCUCUCUACGCCGUUCCCGAGCCUGAGCCUACCAAGAGGAUGACUGCGGAGGAUGAGUUGUUUACAAGUCAUGAAACAAAUCUCUCCACGGAAAUCGAGGAUCGGUCACAUGACUUUAAUCGCGAUCACCUGACCGGAACACCGCCUGCAACCGCGUCUUCCCCUCUUCCCCUUCCCCACUCCUCAUCCGCUGAGGGUCGCCGUGAGAUAUGGCGACUGACCAUGACGUCUCCUUUGACCAUGACGUCUCCUUUGACCAUGGUUGGGCAUGCGUGCUCCCGACUGUUAUCUCAGAAUUGGGCACAGCUUCUGGCAACCCCACCAUUCAGAGGUCCCUCCAGCCAUCCCGUGGUCACGACUCUCGUGCACUACUUCAAUCUCAGACCUUCCGAGCCCCCGCGCAAUCCCAAUGGCUACCGUCGUCUUCGUCCCUGGGGGGCCUGGAUCACUCCCGACUUAUACCAGUCCUUUCUCAAUGCCUGUACUGCCGCCGGUUAUCCCGUCCACUAUGCCGAUUAUCCCUCCCUCGAUCCGGUCGAUCCCACCGUGGCAGACUGCAAGACAGAUACGGAGGUGAUCAGGAAGAUACUGCACAAAUUGGUGGAAGAAGAUGGUCGGGAUUUUAACCUGAUGAUGCACUCUUACGCUGGUAUGCCCGGAGCAGCGGCAGCAUUGGGCUUGGCCAAGCCGCAGCGAGUGCAAGAGGGCAAGCCAGGUGGCGUCAUUGGAAUGGUGUUCCUCGCCGCCUUCUUGGUGCCAGAGGGAUUGAGCUGUGCGGGCUUGCAGGGUGGGAACUUACCCCCUUGGAUCCUGCUGGACAAGCCGGCACCCAACCCCAAUAUUCCCGCAGACGCUGUCGCCAACUUCGCUUCGGAUGUCGAUCCAGCCCUGGUCAAAGACAUCGGUGAAAAGAUCAAGCCCCAUUCCACGCUUGCGUUCAAUUCACCCCAGCCGGCUCCUGCCUGGGCGGACCCCGCCUUUCAGGGCCGACUAGCCUUCAUCGUUACCACUCGCGAUCCCGCCGUCCCGAAAGAGGCACAGUAUGGCAUGAUGGCUGCUACUCAGCAGCAGUGGAUCGUCCAAGAGAUGGAGUGCAGUCACUGUGCACCGUUCUUGGACCGGAUCGAGGAAAGCGUCCGACUGGUCGGCGAGUGUGUCAAGGAGCUCAAUGGCAACAGUACUUGCUAG